UGGGAGGGUAAAAUUAGCAUCUUUUCUGUUUUGUUUUCUGUCAAAGCCAUUCAGUUCUGCCUCAUCCCAUCCCAUUUCUUUUUCUUUCUUUCUGUUUUUCUUCGUUUUGUCUGAACUCACUUCACAUUCUUUACCGCAUUGUGGCAACCGACCUGAGAGCAGUUGGGUCAUUUGGCAUGCGACCAUGACCAAGCGAACGUCCACCAUCAAAGAAUAGCGUGCCGUGGUUUUUGUUAAUCGAUUUUUAACAACAGCAGGGACGAAAUUAGAAAACACGGUGACAAAUAAAACACUAUGGAAUUCAUUGCAGAAGCAAUGCAUGCUUCCAUUGACCUCACUCAGACAACUUCUCAGGACAACGUGAACGCUUCGUCUUCCCGACCGUCAUCCUCAUUGUCGUCUGCAUCAUCAACUCUAGCGGCAAGUUAUCAACCUCACCCUAGACUUGAUGCCAAUCUCACUGCAUUUUAUCGACCUGCCGCCGAACACCAAUCAGUGGUUUUCAAGCCUCAUUAUUCUCUGCCUUCUCUGGAGCGCCCGUUUUCACAGCCGGCCAGCGAUGCCGGCGUGGAGACUCAUUACGACAAUUUGAUUACAAACGGAAUGCGUGUCAUGCAUUUUAUGGAUCAUCAUCCUUGUAACGUUUUUCAGCAGCAACAAUGUCCUGAUAUCCAGCUAACAGAAGGUUCAGUGGCGUACUCGACCGGUUACCAUCAAGAAGUGGGUGCAACAACAUCGGAACCUUAUCCUGCGAUGGGCGUCUCUCCUACUUCAUCGUCGUUUACGCCCCGUGCAAUUGUGUCUCAGCCAGCCUACUACAAUAGCAGCAACACCAGUAAUUGCUCCACGAGUUCCGUCGGAUUUCAGCCAUAUCAAUCACAGCUACAUCAGUCGCUUUCGUACCAAACGCAGUUAUGCCAAUCUCAGCCAUGCCAAUCACAGCAAUCAGACGAAUCAAAAGCCGUUAAAAGGAAAAAUUCUAACGAAAGCGAUGCAAGUACAGAUGAAGACCCCUACAACACUUUAGAGAUGCCGCCAUGUAGUGUGUGUGGUGACGUUAGCUGCGGUAUCCAUUACGGAGUCGUCGCUUGCGAAGGUUGCAAGGGCUUCUUCCGGCGAGCUAAUUUACGGAACCCAGAAGAUGCUGUGUUCACAUGCUUCAACAAUUCGAACUGUGUCGUUAACCGCUUGACUCGAAACAAAUGUCGAGCUUGUCGGUUACGUCGAUGCUACGAAGUUGGAAUGGUUUACGGUGAUGCAUACGAAUCUUACAAAAAGCGUCGCCGCAACCGCCAGCUGCUGCAAACGCAUUCGACGUCAACGCAUCGCCCACCGUCAAUUCCACCGACAGACGUAUUGGAAUGGAUGGGGUUUGUUGCGGCAGCUCAGUCAGCUACCUUUACUACCGUUUCAGAAAUUUUCACAUCUCGGUACGCUGCCGUUUUGUCGUUAGGCCCAGAUCAACUGUGGCCACCAGGUGGGGAUCUCAGCAAGCGUGGAUUUCAAGCCAUCCAACAUUUUGCUCAUUCUUUACCUUUCGUUGCCAUCUUACCUCCUGAAUUACGUACGCAUUUGUUAAAAUCGAACGCUCUGGACGCGAUGAUUUUGCGGGUCACUUUCCGCUUUUGUCCCGAACGUGAGUCCUUUCUGUUUCCACCUGGCGCUGAAGUGACACUGUCUUGCCUGUCUUCCACUCUCCUGGGCAGCGCAACAACCAGUCGUCUUGCCAAUUUAGGUCGUUUGAUACUCCGCUUGGGUAUCGGUACUGAUGAAUUGGCUUUUCUGUCCACCUUAGCUCUGCUCUCGCCAGAUGCACUCGGCAGUGGGUUUCUUCCCAGUCACGUAAAUAUGCUACGCGAUAUCGUCGAUAAAGUUUUGCUGGCGUUUCACUGCUUCGUCCAACAACGCUGGUCAACACGACCCUUUCUUAUCGCGAAACUGAUCGCUCUUCUGUCUGACAUUCGAGCUUUGCAGCACUCCGUCGCGCUACAAGCAUGGCUUGAACCAGCUGGUGGCUCUAGUUCGCGAAACAUUUGA